AUCUCAUCAGCUGUUGCGUUUGUUCGGCGUUGGCUAACCUUUCGAAAUCAAGGUCCUCAAGUUUUGCGAAGAGAAUGGAGAAAUGCUGUAGUUUCCAAACAAAAAUCUGCACAAUCAGACGUGGGCUUGCCGUCCACAAUUUAGCUACGAAAGAUAACUUAUCAGUGAAUUAAAAAGGAUACAAAGUUGUGAUUGUAUAACAUGUCGUCGGCUGUGGAGGAUAUCUGUGAAUUAUUAGAUAGUUACAACGGGCGUGACAAGGUGGUCCGCCUAGCUUGCUACUCAUGCAAGUUAUAUGGUUGCCUGCGCGGAGAGAAGCCCUGGCAGACGGCAGGGUCGCGGCUGUCGGGCGCCAGGCUCAUCCUGCGGCUCUUCGACGACAUCCCCAUGAUCCGGCACACAUACAACUACGGCUUGGGGAGACAUGAGUCGUCAAAAAUAGCAGCAGUGCUUGGCGUACUGGCAAACAUAGUGGACCAGACGUUCCUGCCGGUGGAGAAGGCGUGCUGGCUGCACGAGGUGGGCGUGCUGCAGCUGUCGCCGCGCACCGCGGACCGGCUGGAGGUGCUCAGCACGGCGCUGUGGGCCGCCAGCCUCUACAUAUCACUAAUACAGACGUUCAGAUCGAUCCGCCACAUCUGGUGGAGCCGCGACUGCCUGCGCGCGGACACGGCGUGCGACGCGCGCCGCAACCUUGACACGCGGCUGCUGCUGCAGUGCGUCACGGCAGGCAAGCUGGGGCUCGACAUCACGCACGCCGUCAGCUGCCUGCCGCCGGGCUGGCUGUGGGGCGAGCGCAUCGACGCCACCAAAGUCUCCGCGAUAGCCACCCUAUCCUCUCUGAUCGGCAUCGGGUUGUACUUCGCGAGGAAACGACUACUCAAAUGAUUUGUGAUUACUUAAUAAGUGAUGGUCGUGUAAAUAAAUUGAAAGAUUUGGGGAAGGAGGAUCAAAGGCGGUGUUUUUCUUAAUUUGGUUAAGUGCGCCAUCUAGUUCAUUGUCGGGUGUACUUAAAUGUGAUGAAAACAAAAACUUCUUAUUUUCUUCUUAUUUUGUAUAAUGGCUUUUAGUAGUGCCACAGCAGCACAAUGCACUUCGCCAAUGUAACGUAGAAUGGAAGAGCCACAAAGGGGAUAGUUUAAAAAUUGGCGAUACAUGAUUCAAAAUUACAUUUUGCAAUAAAAGGAUUUAGACUUGAAAACAGUUGUCAAGGCUAAACGGUUUGUCAAAAAACAUGGAACUUAAAAAACUAGAUCACAGUCUUGGAAACAAAGUUUUUUUUUUUAUUACUUUUAUAAAUACUUCUAAAUCGUCAAUUGCAUCUCCACUGUUUCGGAAUGCCUUUCCUACCGAGAAGAGCCAACAAACACGGCGGUGAUUUGUGACUGACCAAUUUAAAAAAAUAUAUUAUAAUUGAUUGUAAAAAAACAUAAGACUAUGAUCUUUCUUCCCCCUUACCCUUUUGUUGUUAUUAUUGUUAGAGUAACUCAAGUGAGAGGAUAUUUUAACGGAUACUUUUUGAUGUCCAGCUUAACCCUAUGUUGUGUAUAUUUCAAUGUUUUAACUUUUACUAUGUUAACUUUAAUUUUUUAUGUAAAUAACACUUUAUGUAUAUAAUUCUCUUGUAUUAUUUUGAAUGUAUAUAUAGGUAUGAUAUUUUAUGUACCAAUUAAGAUAUCCCUCUUCAUCGUAAUUAAGGUUGAGAUCUAUAGAGCGCACUUUGUCUUUGCUUAGACUCAAGUUUCCGUUAAAACGAGACAGGUUUAUGCCGGCAGUAUAACGCUGUCUCGUUUUAACAGUGUCUUAAGUCUAAGCAAAAUCAAAGUGCGCUCUGUAGAUUUCAGCCUAAGGGUCAUAAACCUUUUCCCAUUAGUCUUUAGGUAGAAGUUUUGGAGAUUAGGUGUAACACAGUGGAUUUCCAUACCCUUUCAACUAAGCGAACGAGAUUUCGACUCUUUUUACAGUUAUUAUCAGAGUUAAAUUAAAACUAUAAUGUCCAUAAUCAACACUGUCUACUAACUAAUAUUGUUGUUGUUCUUUUUUAAUUAUGACUAAAGAACUUUUUAUUUUCAAUGUAAUUUUGGUAAUUUAAAUUAAUUUCAAGUGAUGAUUUUAUGUUAAAUCAUCUAUACUUAUAUGGUGUUAAAUAAUUCCGUAUCAAUAUACGAUAACUUCACCCACUGUAAGUUUCUUAAAAACCGGCCAAGUGCGUAUCAGGCCACGCGCGGGGUAGGGUUCCGUCACAAUAUACCUACUAGCUAUGUAAUAUGUUACCUAAGUAUGCCAAAUCAUAACUUUCCAGUACUUGCGUACUAAUCUUUAGAAAACUGCAAGGGUUCCUUGUAUACUGCGGAACCCUAAAAAUGAAGUCUCUCUAGGCUUAUAUACCCUGCAUCCUCUUUUUCUGUGUAACUAAGUAUGACGGGUUUGUAAAUAAUUAUUUUUAACUUAACAUUAGUGAUAAAUAAAGUAUUUUUACCGAU